AAAAGAUGAUACUUAUACGAGAGAAAAAAUUGAUGGUAAGUAUCAUAGUAGGAUGGUAAAAGAACCUCACCUUGUUAUUUUGAGAGAACCGAAUUCUCGAUUGAUUGGUUACGCAAGACUGGUAGAGGAAAGUGCUGAAUACAAAACAACAAAAUUGAAUGAAUUUUUCAACGAUAAAAACAUAUCUCUGGAUGCAUUGAUUGGCAUAUGCACUGACGGUGAGCCAACAAACACUGGCACACACGGUGGAAUUAUACGAAGAUUCGAAUUGCUGCUAAAAAGACCAUUGCAUUGGUUUGUUUGCCUUCUACACUUCAACGAACUUCCGUUUCGACAUUUGUUUGGGGUUUUGGAUAAAUCAUCCACCACUGGACCAACAUCAACAACCGGGAAACUAAGCAAGCAAAUUGAAAAUUCUGAAGCUCUUCCGGUGGUGAGCGACUUUCAGAGAAUUGCGUUGGAAAAUAAGCCUCCUGUUGCAGAACAGCACGAAUAUUCCACCGAUUCGCAGUACUUAUACGACAUGGCACAUGCAAUUUCUAAUGGCGUGGUUUCUGUGGAUCUGGCUAACAUAAAACCAGGGAAAAUUGUACAUUCUCGCUGGCUCACCAAGGCCGCUAGAUUAUUACGAUUAUAUGUGACAAUGAAAAAACCACCUAAAAAUUUAAGAAUUCUGGUUGAAUUUAUAAUUAAGGUUUAUGUGCCAAUGUAUUUUAAUAUCAAGUAUUACAGCUCUGUCGUGUACGGUAGUGUAUUAUUUUUCAAGUACAUUACUUGGGCACAAUUUCUGGAGCCAAAUUUACGCACUGUUGUCAAUCAUGUAAUUAAGAAUAAUCCAUAUUUUGCACAUUCGGAAAAUAUCUUGCUAUCAAUGUUGUUUGAUGAUAGGAAAGAGGUGCGCGACUCUGCUAUCAAGAAAAUUUUACGAUAUCGAGACAAUGUUGAAGACCCAUCGGAACUUAGAGAAUAUAAAAAACCAGAUAUAAACUUCCAUUGCUUCGAUUACACGAAAAUGAUCGAUUUGACUGAUAAAAAUAACGUAUUUGAACCACCAUUCACGUGAAUCAUUCCGUAUGAAACAUUGAUAGCAUAUUUAAAUGAAGAUGAUUCACCAUUUACUGAUCCGCAUAUUCCAUUACAUAUACAAGGAACGGAACAACACGUUCAACUGCUAGCUAGCGUUUCCAAACGAGUAAUAUCGGAAAAUGUAGAGGCUGUUAUGGAGGCGACAUUAGAGAGCCGUGCGAAAUUGCCCAGUGUUGAAACCAAAAAAGACUUCAAACAAUAAUUUUUUAGUUUCUUUCCUAUGUUCUGAUCGAAUAAAUUUUUAAAGAGAAAACAAAAAUCC